CCUUAAUGUUGGCCUUCCAUGUCAGGUUUUUGUCAAGGACUAGACCUAGGUAUUUCACCUUGUCAGAAAGCACUAACGAAGCACGCCCUAUCGUUACAAUGAUACUGGUAGCAUCGCGAAGCGCCAUGGAAGUGGCCAUCAAAAGGCUGUAAUGUCACGUGAAAAUGUUCAAAUAGUGAAGAAGCGACUUGAGCGAAGUCCCCGACGAAAAUAUCUGACCGUAGCAUCCGCCGUAUACUGAAAAAUGAUCUGAAAGUCAAGCCUUACAAGAUCCAAAAGGGGCAUGAUCUCACACCAAAGCAGCAACAAGUUAGACUCGAGAGCGAUCAAUUUCGAAAGCGGUCAAUUUCCGAACAUUGUUUUUUUUGACGAGAAGAUUUUUCAAAUUGAGCAAUUCGUAAACUCCGUAAGGUUUAUUUGACCGACCGAUCGUACGAAAAUUUGAACCAUCGAUUGGCCACCAGGAGGUAGCACCCGUCACAGGUAAUGGUUUGGGCCUCUAUAACCGCAGAUGGGCGCUCCCCAAUCGUUUUACUCGAGCCUGGCGUCAAGGUAAAUGCCAAAUAUUAUCGGGAAGUAUUCUGGAGGUUGCCUGAACCACGAAUGGCUAAAAAACAAUGUUUCGAACUUUAAAACAUCCGCACAAUGGCUCUGAAAUGCACCGAAUGCGAAUCCGAUGGAUUAUUUUCUUUUGGCUAUUUUCGCGAGCAAAGUCUGAACUAAAAGAUUCACCAGUUCCGAAUCGUUGAAAAAAGCCAUUGUCCGCCAGUGGCCCAAAAUACCUACAAGUCACAUUCGGGCAGCUUGCGAUUCGUUUCUGGACCGUCUUAAGGCCAUAGCUAAGGCAAAUAUGGUGUUCAUAUCAAGCAAAAGUAAAUUGGUUCUUAAUUUUGUAUUAUUUUUACACAUUUUAUGGCUCUUUCAAUUGGUUAAAAUUUGAGUGCCGGACCCUGUAUGUAUGAGGUCAUAAUUAAAUAAUAAAAGGUUUACUCAGUAAGCAGCUUUCCCGUUCCCUCUUGACAAAUCGGCUCCCUUAGCAAGACACUGAGUUGCUACUCUAGAAAAUUUGAGUAAAAGUAAAAUUUGUAGAAAAAACAUUUCGUUUUCGGAAUGUCUAGGUUCAAAACGAUAUUGAAUGCAUCCUGACAUACCGCUUAAGUCAGGAUAUCAUAGAGCAUCUUUCUGAAGCAAUGCGCGUGAAAGAUGGAUACUUAGGCAAUUUGAGCUCGAUACGCCUUUAAAAUAAAGGUUGCGGAAGUACUUAAUAGGUUCCUAGGUUCAAAGAAAUCGUGCCAAAUAUCUUGGCGAUUAUUUUUUUGAAGCUGGGAACCAGUUUGCAAAAUGUCUCACUGGAGGGAGUAGUUACCUUCUCAAAACGAUGUAAGUAUUUAAGCAACUUAGUUAGCGGAUAGAAAUCAAAGGCAGGGCUACCGAGUGCCUUUUUUGGACUAACAACCUGGCUAACCUAAACAAAUACAUCCAUAAGUUACCAAUUAAUCCCAGCGUCCGAACGGUCAGUGGUUUUUUAUGAGGAGCUUUUUCAAUACACUCGGAAGUUUGCCAUUACCUGCCGAGGGGCGAUCGCUAUUAUAAACAUUUCCUAUCAUUUGAUGUUUCUUGCCCGGGGUUUCGAACUCGUGGCACCCCGAGGUAAUUAAUAAGUACAGGUAGUUUGUCGAGUAGUUAGGAAUGUAAGAAUAAUCGUGAAUUCCGGGUCAAAACUCCAAACUUACGUGGGCCAAGCCUAGUAAAGUUAGCCGUGAUUUUCCGCUUCCUGAUGAAUCCGCUUCUUCUAUGAAAGAACUCAUUAGGGUCAUAAAGCUUAGGUAACAACAGCAUCAUAUUGGCGAUCAGUUUUUAGUUUAAAAUUAAUUCACAAAAUAUAAUUCUGGGAUUAAGGAAGCCCAUUUUUUAUAUAAUACUUGGCAAUUUACAGAUAUUUACUUAUAACUAUUCGAAACAGUUCUACUCUCCACUCUUGACAAUUCGCCUUUCAGGCGCAUUUAGUGCGACUUAUUAGCCACUGGAAGAGUCAGAAACAGUCAAUAACUGGUCUUGGCAAAUUGAGUGAACAACUUGCGCUACUGCGAGAGCAGUCAAGACAGGCACUUUGAUAAAAUUGCAUAGCGAUUAAAAUAGAUUUUUAUUAAUUCAUUUUAUUUUUAAAAAUAAACUUUUAUUUGGACUACCCUGUAUUUCCAUCUGCGUUUUAAGUUAAAUACAUUGUACGAUACUUAAAGUAAGAUUCUCACUUAAAAAAGUUCCAUUUGCAGACUCAGCAAUGCCAAUGGUUGAUCAGCGAAAAUGUGGGCUGUAACCCUGAAGAAUUCUUUAGGAAAUUGAUUAGUUCAGCGAUUUCUGCGCUUUAUAAAACCAACCGUUAAGCGCUUGCAACAGCUUACAAAUAACUAAGCUCUGCGCGGGUGUAAAAUUCCGCACAAAUUUCGAAAUGGAAAAUAUGAAAUUUUAUGCCAUUUUAAUGCUGUUGGCCACUUGCAGCAGUGGCGUGUUGGCCGCACCCAGGUUUAAGACGGAGCGCACCCAAUUACCAUCUUUUGUGAAAGUUUGCCAUCGCAGUGAUCCGAAUUUGGAUAUGUGCGCACGCCAAUCGCUGCUCGCUUUGAAAGACCUAUUUAAUUAUGGAAUUCCAGAGCUAUUCAUACCACCCAUCGCGCCGUUGGUGGUGCCCGAGAUUAAAAUGUAUCAGGACUCGGGCGCAAUUUAUCUGCACUCAACCUUCAAAAAUAUCACCAUAAAUAAUUUGGCCAAUUUCACGCUCAACGAGCUGCACAUUGAUCCGGAGAAAAUGAGAUUGUCGCUGUUGAUGAGCAUUCCGAAUGUGACCAUGGACGGGAAGUAUGCGAUGAGUGCCAAAAUUAUGAUGAUGCCUUUAGGUGGCGAGGGCGAUUUCAGGGCGAAUUUCACCGAUGUCGAAUUGGACACAGUAAUUACCGCAGAGCGUUACGUGAAAGAUGAUCGCGUAUUUGGCAAAGUGAAGGAUGUGAAGGUGCAGUAUACGCUGGGUAAGGCGCAAUUGCAUUUGAGCAAUCUCUUUAAUGGCGAUGAAGCGCUGGGCGAGCGUAUGAAUACAUUUUUGAAUGAGAAUUUCAAUUCACUUUCGGAUGAGUUACGGCCGCUGCUGGAAAGUUCAAUAUCGGAUAUUGUGCGCGCCUCGGCGGUGAAAAUCUUCGAUACUUACAGUUUUGAUGACUUGCUGCCGGAAUGAUUUCUUGCAAAGAUGUAAAUUAGGAAAAUUAAAAGUAAAGUGUUUUUUAUAAGUAACGUAUUUGUAGUUUGCGACUUGGGUCUUCAAAACCAGCAGAAAAUAAUUUCCUUAGAAAAAGAAAGAAAAAUAAUAUCAAUAUAAGACGAUCGAAGUGUUGAUCUAUUUAGUUUUUCAAAAAACUUGUUUGUUGUUGAUGUGUCUCGGAUUAAUAUAUUAGUUUAAAGAUGCUUCGAUGGAACUCUCUUGAAAUGUAUGUUAGUAUUGGAUUUAAAUUUUUCUGCUAUAGCCGAAUUGGUUGAUGCGUGACUACUAUUCGGAAGUGUGUAGGUUCGCAUCUCCAUCUAGUCCGGGAGCCAGGGGUCAUUUUGACCUCAUCAUUUCAUGCCGAUUGAUUAUCAUAAUAUAAUAAUGAUGGUCAGCUGCGUUUAUAGCGGUGGGUCAGCCGAAGCAAAAAUGUAUCAUUGCGUUCAUACAUCUCGGCGGCGCGUGGAAUUUUCAAUGAUUCGGCUGACCCACCGCUAUAAACGCAACUGGCCAGCAUUAUUAUAUUUUUAUGUGUCCAAAAUUAUGUAAAAAAAAAAUUCAAUCGGCAUAAAGUAGUUUUACUUUUUAAUUUAUUUUACAAGUUCGCCUGUUCAGCUGACGUAUUUUCCCCCCUCUACGGCGCAGCUGACUUUAUUUUUUAUUCUACUAAAUGUCAACAAUACAUGAAAAAAAUUUCAGCCGGUAUAAAAUGAGUUGGUGGACUUUUUUUUUCGACACGUUUCGUACCCUCCCACAAUCACACCCACCGCUAGUGCGCCAGCUGACGUUCACUUUCGUUAUUCAUGAAGGCUAAAUCACAAGUAUAGUCAAGAAUUUAAAGGUAUAAAAACGCAGUCCAAAAUCGACCCCUGGCUCCCGGACUAAUGGUCCCUCCAUUUGUGGAACAGCAUCAAGACGCUUGCCACAAAUAAGAGGAUGAGCUCGGCCAAACAAAUUAGAACGAGUAAAAAAAGAGGAUUUAAAAGGAAGCAAAUAAAAAAGCUGUAAAAUGUAUGUUCUGUAUUAAUAUAACUAAACUAU